CCGCCUUGGCUCCUCCUUGUCCUUCCUCGCGUGAUUUUUAUCGCGUCCAUUUUUCGUGCGGGGGUAAAUAAAUAAAUAAAUAAGGGCCGUCGCCGCCCAACCCGCGCGGUGCCACUAGGGGCGGCAGCUGGGCCCCGGCCCCGCUGAGGUGGGGGAGGCGGCGGGGCGAUGCGGAGCCCCCUCCCGUGACUCCGGCGCUCCGCCAUGCCAUGGGUUAGGCGGACUCCAUCCCGCAGCCGAGAGAGCACCAGCCAAGCGAGGCGGCGGCAGGAAGCGGCGCGGCUCGGCCGAGGAGCGGCGGCAGGAGGCGGUGGCGGCGGGAGGCGGGCGCGGUGCUCCGCCGGCCCCUCCAUGGACGGCGGCGAGGAACUAUGAGCCGCGGCCGGCGGCCGGGACUGGCGCUCGCCCGCUGGGGCUUUCCCCGCUGCGCGCCCCUGGGCGCCGGGGCCCCGCUGUCACCCGGUCCCCGUCUCGCCCAUCCCGGCAGCCUCUGUCCCCGUCCCCUGACCCCCGCCGCUGGCUCCGUCCCCCUCCCUCCCCUCUGGGUGUUCGGAGUUAGGACAAUCGCUCUCGCACCCAAACCACAGCGCUCCCGCAGCUAAUCCUGCCCUUUCCGCGCUCCCUCCACACCCCGCCUCUGGCCCUUCCUCUCCCAGCUCUGCUCUCUCCCCUCCCUGCUCCCCCAGCUCGCCCCCGGGGCCCCUCUGUCCCUGUCCUCCCGCUGCCCCCGGCGAGCCGGUGGCCGGGCGGGUGGGAGCGAGGUCGGGGCUGCUGGCCACCCCGCCCCUCCCCGGAGGGGCCGUCAUUAGGCUGCCGGUUGAUUACAGGGUAUUGAUUUGUAUGUGCUUCUCCCGGCGCCGGCGGCGGCCGCUCCCGCUGGAGUUAGGGCAGCGCUUUCCGUAGCGGCGGCGAGCUCCCUUCAAACAUGUCGGCUCCCGCCGGGCCCCGGGGUGGCCCCGCUGCUCCCCAGCCUCCGCAGGCUCCUCAGCCCGAGAUGCCGGACCUCAGCCACCUCACGGAGGAAGAGCGGAAGAUCAUUCUGGCCGUCAUGGACCGCCAGAAGAAGGAAGAGGAGAAGGAGCAAUCUGUGCUCAAGGUCAAAGAAGAGCAAAAACCACAGCUGACACAGUGGUUUCCCUUUAGUGGGAUCACUGAGCUGGUAAAUAACGUUCUUCAACCACAGCAAAAACAGCAAAAUGAAAAGGAGCCCCAGACAAAAUUACAUCAGCAGUUUGAAAUGUAUAAGGAGCAAGUGAAGAAGAUGGGUGAAGAAUCUCAGCAGCAGCAGGAGCAGAAGGGUGAUGCCCCAACCUGUGGCAUCUGCCACAAAACAAAAUUUGCUGAUGGCUGUGGCCAUAACUGUUCAUAUUGCCAAACUAAAUUCUGUGCACGCUGUGGAGGAAGAGUGUCUUUACGGUCAAAUAAGGUAAUGUGGGUAUGUAACUUGUGCCGAAAACAACAAGAAAUCCUCACAAAAUCAGGAGCCUGGUUCUAUAAUAGUGGAUCAAACGCACCACAGCAGCCUGACCAAGAAGGUAAUAGAGGUCAGCGGAAUGAGGAAGCACCUCAAGAGAAAAAAGCAAAGCUUCAGGAGCAUUCACAUUACCAAGGACCACCAGGUGACAUAUCCACACAAGUUUUGGACAAAAACAGAUCUCAAGGGCUCACAAGACAAGACUCAAUUAAGAAUGGUUCAGGAGUAAAGCAUCAAGUAACAAGUGAUACAGCGUCAGACAGGAAAAGAAGCCCAUCAAUAUCAAGAGAACAGAACAGAAGAUACGAUCAAAGGGACGAGAGAGACGAAUAUUCACAGUAUGCUACAUCAGACAGUGCGAUGCCCAGGUCACCAUCAGAUUAUUCAGAUAGGCGGUCACAGCGUGGGCCUCAGUUAUAUGAAGAACCUGAACUGGGUGAUUAUAGAGAUUCGAACAGAAGGAGUCGCAGGCGUUCCAAGGAGUAUCCGGUAGAAGAGGAAGAUGCACAAAACAGGGAAGAAUAUGAAAGGCAGCGAAGGGAAGAGGAAUACCAGGCACGAUACCGAAGUGAUCCUAAUUUGGCUCGUUAUCCUGUCAAGCCACAACCAUAUGAGGAACAAAUGCGUAUCCAUGCUGAAGUGUCCCGAGCACGCCAUGAACGGAGACAUAGUGAUGUCUCACUUGCAAAUACUGAGUUGGAAGAUUCUCGGAUGUCCAUGAUGAGGAUGGAACGACCAUCCAGGCAAAGAUCAGUAUCUGAGCGCAGGGCUGCCAUGGAAAAUCAGCGUUCAUACUCUAUGGAAAGAACUCGAGAGGCUCAGGGACCAAGUCCCAGUCGUCAGAGGACCACAAAUCAUAGCCCUCCUACACCUAGGAGGAGUCCAAUUCCUCUGGAUAGACCAGACAUGAGGCGCUCUGAUUCAUUAAGGAAACAACACCAUUUGGAUCCCAAUUCUGCUGUACGGAAAACAAAACGUGAAAAGAUGGAGACCAUGUUACGGAAUGAUUCACUCAGCUCAGACCAGUCUGAAUCUGUCAGACCUCCACCACCAAAGCCCCAUAAAACAAAAAAGGGAGGUAAAAUGCGCCAGGUUUCAUUAAGUAGCUCUGAAGAAGAAUUGGCAUCCACUCCAGAGUAUACAAGUUGUGAUGAUGUAGAGAUUGAAAGUGAAAGUGUUAGUGAAAAAGGGGACAGUCAAAGGGGAAAAAGAAAAACUAGUGAGCAGGCAGUUUUGUCGGAUUCUAACACCUUAUCCGAGAGGCAAAAGAAAAUGGUGUGCUUUGGUGGCCACUCUUUGGAAGAGGACUUGGAAUGGUCUGAGCCUCAGAUAAAAGACUCUGGGGUAGAUACGUGUAGUAGCACAACUCUAAACGAGGAACAUAGCCAUAGCGAGAAGCAUCCAGUAACUUGGCAACCGUCCAAAGAUGGAGACCGUCUCAUUGGUCGGAUUUUGUUAAAUAAACGGCUAAAAGAUGGAAGUGUGCCUAGAGACUCGGGAGCAAUGCUUGGAUUAAAGGUAGUGGGAGGAAAGAUGACUGAAUCAGGUCGACUCUGCGCAUUUAUUACCAAAGUUAAAAAAGGAAGCUUAGCUGAUACGGUGGGGCAUCUUAGACCAGGUGAUGAAGUAUUAGAAUGGAAUGGAAGGCUACUACAAGGAGCCACUUUUGAGGAGGUGUAUAACAUCAUUUUAGAAUCCAAACCUGAGCCACAAGUAGAGCUUGUUGUUUCAAGACCAAUAGGGGACAUUCCCAGAAUACCUGACAGCACACAUGCACAGCUGGAGUCCAGUUCUAGUUCAUUUGAAUCUCAAAAAAUGGACCGACCUUCUAUUUCAGUGACUUCUCCUAUGAGUCCUGGCAUGUUAAGGGAUGUUCCACAGUUCUUGUCUGGACAACUUUCAAGCCAAAGCCUUAGUAGAAGAACAACGCCUUUUGUUCCUAGGGUUCAGAUAAAACUGUGGUAUGACAAGGUCGGUCAUCAGUUAAUAGUGACAAUACUGGGAGCAAAGGAUCUUCCUUCAAGGGAAGAUGGGAGGCCAAGGAAUCCUUAUGUUAAAAUUUACUUUCUUCCAGACAGAAGCGAUAAAAAUAAAAGAAGAACAAAAACAGUAAAGAAAACAUUGGAACCUAAGUGGAAUCAGACAUUCAUUUAUUCUCCAGUUCAUCGGAGAGAGUUUAGAGAACGAAUGUUAGAAAUUACUCUUUGGGACCAAGCACGAGUUCGAGAGGAAGAAAGUGAAUUUUUAGGAGAGAUUCUUAUUGAGUUAGAGACAGCGUUACUAGAUGAUGAACCUCACUGGUACAAACUUCAGACACAUGAUGUCUCUUCAUUGCCACUUCCCCAUCCCUCACCAUAUUUGCCACGCAGACAGCUCCAUGGAGAGAGUCCCACACGGAGGUUACAAAAUAAAGGCUUAUAUUCAUAUAACUCAGGGUCCAAAAGAAUCAGUGACAGUGAAGUUUCUGAUUAUGACUGUGAUGAUGGAAUCGGUGUUGUUUCAGAUUAUCGACAUAAUGGGAGAGAUCUUCAAAGUUCAACACUAUCAGUGCCAGAACAAGUUAUGUCAUCUAAUCAUUGCUCUCGAUCAGGGUCCCCUCACCGUGGAGAUAGUAUAGGACGGACUAGAUCGUGGUCUCCCAGUGUCCCUCCCCCACAAAGUCGGAAUGUGGAUCAGGGACCACGAGGGACUCGAUCUACUCCUGCGCAUUACAAUACCCUGAACCGAAUGGAUAGACACCGUGUUAUAGAUGACCACUACUCCCCGGACAGAGAGAGGAGGACUAGGCAGGAGAGAAGAGUGCCUAAUUCAUAUUAUGACGACACAACCUAUACUCCUGAAAGGUGGUACAAUGGUGCAAGUUCUUGGGCAGAUCAUGUAGUCAAUGGGUCAGCUGAAAAAUAUGGGAAUUGUGAAGCAGCAGAUAGACAGCCAUAUCAAAGAUCCAGAUCAACAGAGCAACGUCCUAUGCUAGAGCGGACCAACUCCCGCUCCCGAUCCACAGAGCGUCCUGACUCAAACCUCAUCAGGUCGAUGCCUUCAUUAAUGACUGGAAGAUCUGCCCCUCCUUCACCUGCCUUACCGAGGUCACAUCCUCGAACUGGGUCUGUUCAGACAAGCCCAUCAAGUACUCCAGUAGUAGGGCGAAGGGGCAGGCAAUUACCACAGCUCCCACCAAAGGGGACGUUGGAGAGAAACAAUGGAGACAAGGAAAUAGAAUCUUAUGAAGAAGUUACAUGGGAGGACCAGCAGAAAAAGGUGAAUGGUACAAUAACUGAUGACAAACCAUUGCCGAAAAAGAAACACCAUUCUGAGCCAGAAGAAGUGGAAUCAUCGAGAAGAAGAAACUCAGAAGAAAAGAAAGCAGAUCCAGAGAAUGGGGAUACAGGUGCAAUGGAUGUGGAAGAGAGGAAUCGCCAAAUGAAAAUGAGCAAGUACAAACAGGUAGCAGGAUCAGAUUCCAGGCUGGAACAAGAUUAUCACUCUAAGUAUCGGUCAGGACGGGAUCCUCAGCGAGGCUCAGACAAUGUUUCUAACAAGUCUUCGGACAGUGAUGUCAGUGAUGUCUCUGCUGUGUCACGGACAAGCAGCGCGUCACGUUUCAGCAGCACAAGCUACAUGUCUGUCCAGUCAGAGCGUCCAAGAGGAAACAAGAAAAUAAGUGUCUUUACAUCCAAAAUGCAAAGCAGACAGAUGGGCGUCUCAGGAAAGAACAUGACCAAGAGCACCAGCAUCGGCGGGGAUAUGUACACACUGGAGAAGAAUGAUGGCAGCCAGUCAGACACUGCAGUGGGCACUGUUGGCGGUGGUGGCAAAAAGAGACGCUCCAGCAUCGGUGCAAAGAUGGUUGCCAUCGUGGGUCUCUCACGGAAAAGCCGUAGCACGUCACAACUCAGCCAAACUGAAGCAGGGGGCAAGAAGCUGCGGAGCACCGUCCAGAGGAGCACCGAGACAGGGCUGGCUGUGGAGAUGAGGAACUGGAUGACCCGUCAGGCCAGCCGGGAGUCAACGGAUGGGAGCAUGAACAGCUACAGCUCUGAGGGAAAUUUGAUCUUCCCUGGUGUGAGGUUGGCUGCAGACAGCCAGUUCAGUGAUUUUCUGGAUGGACUUGGUCCUGCCCAGCUUGUAGGACGACAGACUUUGGCAACACCAUCAAUGGGAGAUAUCCAGGUGGGAAUGAUGGACAAGAAAGGACAACUGGAAGUAGAAAUAAUCCGAGCCCGUGGCCUUGUUGUAAAACCAGGUUCAAAGACACUGCCAGCACCAUAUGUAAAGGUGUAUCUAUUAGAAAAUGGAGUCUGCAUAGCCAAAAAGAAAACAAAGGUAGCAAGAAAAACGCUGGAACCACUUUAUCAGCAACUUCUAUCAUUUGAAGAAAGUCCCCAAGGAAAAGUUUUACAGAUAAUUGUUUGGGGAGACUAUGGACGUAUGGACCACAAAUCCUUUAUGGGAGUGGCACAGAUACUUUUAGAUGAACUGGACCUGUCCAACAUGGUGAUUGGGUGGUUCAAACUCUUCCCUCCUUCUUCCCUAGUAGACCCAACUUUAGCUCCUCUCACUAGAAGAGCUUCCCAAUCAUCUCUUGAAAGUUCAACAGGACCUUCGUAUGCUCGCUCAUAGCAGCUGUGAAACUGUUGUCAUAGCAACCAGCGUUACAAAAAAUAAAAUUACAGGUCGCAAACCCUGGUAACACUGCAUGCUUAAUGUUGUGUCUUCUGAGCCUGUUUCUAGGGCUGCAAAGCGAUCCUGUGUUCUCAAGGAAGUUGCACACAUUGUGCCCUAUGGAAGGCCCUCAGGUGAAAGACUGAAGUCAUGAGGAACUGAUAGGUUUGGAGUUCAGGGACACUAAGUUUUGGUCCAAUCUGAAGCCAUGGACUAAACUAAAAGAAUCAAUCUGUUUCAUGCAACAAAAGUCCUUUCAAUGGCAUAUCUGUUUUGUUGCUCCCAUUUCUUUAUUUAUCUGCCCUCCCUUCCUAAGGCUUGGUUAUGCCACAGAAAUGGAGUUACUCUCCAGUGAAGCCAUGUUACAAGUGAGUGGAUUAGCAGACGCUGGAAGAAAAGAAGAAUGUAAGAAUGCUGGAGAAGUCGACUGUUGUUUGAAACAGUUGCUUGAGAUCUGAAAACUGUUCAUACUGAAAAGGUUCAACACUUAAAGUGGUAGGCUUAUACCUCCAGCUAUAGAUACAGUGAAACCCCAGAUAUGAUGGACUCUAAAAAAUAAAGUUCUGUGGAUAUACUGCACUGUAUGAAAUUAAAGAAACUUUUUUGCAUGGACACAGAUUUAGCUGAACACUUAAAUUAUUUUCUUGGGGCUGCAACUUGCAAAAAAAAAAAAAGAUAAAAAAUCAGCCAUUUUCAAUGAUUUAUAUUAUUUUUAAAAAUAAAUUUCACUAGUGCAUGGUUUUAAAGGGAAGAGAAUGCAACAGGAUGAUACAAAGACACACCACGUUUAUCAUUCUUUAAACCAGUCAUGGUCUGUAUUUUUGCAGACAUAUAAUAAAAAUUAAAAAAUAAUUUCUAGCAAAUAUUUAAAAUUCUGUUUAUGUGACAAGAAAUAAGUGUAAUAUAUUAAAUUUAUUUAAAUGUAAAAGGUACAAGCCUUGUAAAGUUCAACAUAAUGUGCAAAUUGUAUACUUCUUUUACCUCCUCCUUUCUCUAUCUCUCCUCCCAGUCUUCCUUCUUCCUUUGGCUCUUUUUCCCCUCUACCUCCCAGGAUGAUCAUCAUAUUCUAAAAUGCCUACCUUUUGACUUACUUGUUAGUCUCUUAUGCCCCAUUUGGUUCAGGGGUGCAGAUUGCUCUGCAUUUCUGAAUUAUUUGAGAAAAUAUUGUUUAAGAAAUUUUUUUUUCAAGCAUGUUGAAAAGGAUUUUGCAACAUGGCUUGGGAGUACAUUAAUGUAAUUCAGCAUGUAUUUGAUAAAGAAGAUAUUUGAACUUUUUGAAAUUUAUUGUACAGUGCAUGGUAACUUAUUUUCAUUUUUUCUCACCUUCAAAUUGAAUUCUGCAGGAAAAUACUGGAAUCAUGUGGCCAUUGUAAGAUGUCUUCAAUAAAUUUGUUUUCAGCACCAGCAUCUUUCAUUCAAAGGUUGAACUAUCAUUUCUUGAAGGUUUUUGAAAAGAUGAAAAAUGAAGUACCUGGUUGAUCUUUAGGAAAUAAAUUUAAACACUUUUAUUUGCAAUAAACCAAAUUAAUAGCCACAUUUUUGCAAUUGCGAAAGCAACAAAGGUUACUGAUUUGUACAGUUCUGCUGUAAAGUUCAGUUUUCACAGACUACAUUUGUGUUGCAAAUUACAUAAAUACGGAAUAUCGAUCUGGAAAAUAUCAGUCUUUGGUUCAUAAAAUAGCCUUAAAGAAAGCUUAUCAGUACCACCCUGACAGAUGUUUGACAUUUUUACCAGAACCCUCACUGCAGCCAAUGGAUCUUCAAAACCUUGUGUUUGUAGCAGGCAGUAACUACCGUUGGGUGGUGCUGCAAUUUCAAGCUUCUCAUUAAAUUACAUUAUUUAAAGGGAGUGUAACUGGCUAACAUUUAAUAACAAAAUAUCCUUUUUUUUUCUGGGUUUUUGUAUGCCUUUAAUACCUAUUUAAGGUUAAAUGUUGAAACCUUGCAAUAAUUUUUUUGAAAUAUACAUUACAUUUAUCUGUAAGGCCACACAGAAUUCUGAUUUUAUUUUAAAAUCUGUUGAACUUUCCCAUUAAGAAAUUGUCCAUGCCUCAUACAAGGGCAAAGGUAAUAACAGUAUCACUUAAAAUGCCUUUUACUUUGUGCAAUAUCAUAUAAAUCAAGAUUGUGUCUUGUCUUCAGAGUUUAUAUAAUGGAUUAUUGUUAAGUUAAUGGACAGACUGGUAAAAUUAUAUUUAUUGAAAUAAUUUAGACACCUGUCUACCAGCAGCAAAUAAAUACUGCUGACAUGCAGUCUACAGUAUCCCCUAGGAUAUUAAACAAAAAUUACAUACUGUGAGAUGUGCUCAUGCAUUCUUGUAUGCAUAGUCCUAUAUAAAUUAUUUCAAAUUUUAAAAUCAAGGACAUGAUGCAUGGAAGGUUUGUACAUACUUGUCAUUAUGCAGUAUUUAUUUUAAAAAAUGUGGGUUUUUUUUAAAUUUUCACAUAUCUGCAACUUUACUUAUGGUUUAGUCAUGUAAAUAGCACUAUUCCAGUGAUCACUGCUGUCUUGUACAUAGUACGUUUUAAAAAGUCAAAAGGAAUUACAGCUGGGGGGACAAACAAAAAGGGCAGAUUAGGCCUGUAAUAAACACCAACUAAUGUAAAUCAAACUCAUUCUGGUGAUGGUAUUUAACACUUUAAAUAAAACAUUUUCUUUACA